CGCCUCCGCCUCCGGGCCGUUCUCCGGUUUGGAUCCCGCGAGUGACCCCGCUGUGUCUCCAUAGUGUUUCGAAGACGGGGUUUUCACCGGAAGGGCCCUGAUUCAGCCUCCCAGCUGAAGAUGCAGAGAAUCCCGGAAGUGUAUUGCUCCAGGGAGGGGCUGGUGUCCUGAUUUCUCACCUUCCUCAGGCUCGGCUUCGUUGUCAGCCCUCCGCACCACCUCCUGUCCCUUCUAAGUCCCAGACUGCGGAUACUUCGACUUUCAGUACUUUGUGCUCUGCCCAGGUUUCCGCACGCCGUUCCUGCCUGCGCCAUUCACAGGCCCAGAGCCAUGGCUGUGUCCUCUUCCUCCUGGGAACUGCCCCUGGUGGCUGUGUGCCAGGUAACAUCGACGCCAGACAAGCAGCAGAACUUUAAGGCUUGUGCUGAGCUGGUUCGAGAGGCUGCCAGACUGGGCGCCUGCCUGGCUUUCCUGCCCGAGGCAUUUGACUUCAUUGCACGGGACCCUGCAGAAACUCUGCACCUGUCUGAGCCACUGGGAGGGCACCUUUUGGAAGAAUAUGCCCAGCUUGCCAGGGAAUGUGGACUCUGGCUGUCCUUGGGUGGUUUCCAUGAACGUGGCCAAGACUGGGAGCAGACUCAGAAGAUCUACAAUUGUCACGUGCUUCUCAACAGCAAGGGGUCAGUAGUGGCCACUUACAGGAAGACACAUCUGUGUGACGUAGAGAUUCCAGGGCAGGGGCCUAUGCACGAAAGCAACACUACCAUGCCUGGGCCCAGUCUCGAGUCACCUGUCAGCACACCAGCAGGCAAGGUCGGUCUGGCUAUCUGUUAUGACAUGCGGUUCCCUGAACUCUCUCUGGCACUGGCUCAGGCUGGAGCAGAAAUACUUACCUACCCUUCAGCUUUUGGAUCCGUAACAGGCCCAGCCCACUGGGAGGUGUUGCUGCGGGCCCGUGCCAUUGAAACCCAGUGCUAUGUAGUGGCUGCAGCACAGUGUGGACGCCACCACGAGAAGAGAGCGAGUUAUGGCCACAGUAUGGUGGUAGAUCCUUGGGGAACAGUGGUGGCCCGCUGCUCUGAGGGACCAGGCCUCUGUCUUGCCCGAAUCGACCUCAGUUAUCUGCGACAGUUGCGCCAGCAUCUGCCUGUGUUCCAGCACCGCAGGCCUGACCUCUAUGGCAGUCUGGGUCACCCACUGUCUUAAGACUUCUGACUUCUUGCCCAGCCAGUGUGGUUCGGUGGAUUGAGUCAUCCCAUGGACUGAGAGGUCCUGGUUCAAUUCCUGGUCAGGGCACAUGCCCGGGUUUUGGCCUCAAUCCCCAGUAGGGGGCAUGCAGGAGGCAGCCAAUCAAUAUAUCUCUCUUUCCCUCUCACUAAAAAAAAAACAAACUGCCCACUUCUGUGAGUUGAGACCCCAUUGUGAGCUUGUGUUGCUGUUACUUAGAGGUGGGACCCAGGUGCACUUCCCCUCAUCUGGAGAACCUUGACUCUUGAAGGAACAUAGGCUCAGCUUCUUGGGAAAGAAACUCACCUGAGCUCAGAUUUGUUUUAAAAAAUGCGGCAUUUUAUACAGUCACUGUUUAUUUCAUGAAAACUAAAAUUAUGCUGAGGGCCGAGCAGCACUGGCAUUGAAAAAAAAUAUAAAGUGUGCCUGGACCUCUCCUUUGGGAGCUGAGAGGGGAGGUAGUGGUGUACCAGCUAGACUCAGCUCCAGUUCUAAGCCUCUUAGUUCAUUCAACAUGCCUCCUACCGACAUAAAAGUGCAACAUCCUGCAUGUCCCAGCCCCAUGCUCGGGAGCAGGGGGGCGCAGGAUGGGGAAGGGAAAAGGGAGAUUAUACUGAAUCACUUCACU